AUGCACGCACCACCCGCUGCUCCCUCCUCCCCGUCCAAGCGCGCGGGCAUCCUCCGCCAGCUCGUCACCGGCGUGCAGCCCACCGACCGCGAGACGCACGCUCAGCGGUGGCAGCGGCCUCUGCUCGGGCCACGGUCGCCGAGCCAGACCAAGGACGUCGGGCCAGAGCCGCAGAACAAGGGCGGGCACCGCGUGUCGGCCCUCGUCCAGGGCUACGAGGCGAGCCUCACGGCCAACUCGCGGCGGUACGAGGCCCUCCCUCCCGGUCCGCCGUCGCCGCACAAGGGCACAUUCGCUCUCGACAUUCCGACGAGCUCGCCACGCGCUUUCGGCGACCGCCAGCCGCACGCACCUGCGUCCCCUACUUCCCCCGCUCGCCAGCCCAGCACCUCGCCGACCGUCCCUGCCGCCUUCUUCCAGCGCCAGCAGUACCGCAACGCGCCCGCCGAGACCCUCAUCAAGUUUACCCCCACCCCGAUCGGCAAGGAGAACCAGCCUCGUCCCGCGCAGGCGCGCGCUCCCUCCGUCCCUCGUCCACAAAUCGGCGCCCACCCUACCUCCCUCACCCCGUCCGCCCCGUCAGCGCCGUCCACCCGCUCGCCUACGUCGAGCGCCACGUUCAGCUCGGGCACGGACGUCUCGUGCGUCACGAGCGCGAUGACGGACCUGACGAUGGCCACGAGGUCGAGCGACUCGACGCACGCGAGCAGCCUCGUCACCAACUCGGCCGAGGGCGCCUACGUCGGCGUCGCCUCCGUCGUGCGCGUCGUCCAGGACCCGUCGCCUCGCAAGGCGCCGUCGCCGCGACCGCCGCAAAUCGUCGAGACGGCCGCGACGCCGGCGCGCUCGGCGGGCAUGCCGCGCAGCGCUCGGCCCCUGUCGCCCGCCUACAUCACGUCGCACCCGUCGUUCCAGUCGGCUGCUACCGCCACCGAGCGCGACCAGUACCCGGUGCGCCCAGACGGGCCGGUCCCCUUUGAGCGCCCGCUCCUCGCGCAGCGCUCGACGUCGUCGUUCGUCGAGGCGUUGCCGGCGUCGUACCCGCGCGGUGCGCUGAGCCCGUCCUCGUCGCAGUACCAGCCGCUCCCGCUCGACGCGUCGCCCAGGCUCGGCAGCCUCGAGGACGAAAAGGCGCCGUCCGCGACUCGUCAGCAGGCGCGUCGCACGAGGCCGAGGGCGUCGAGUCUCGGCGCAGGCCUCAAGGCGCCGUACGUCGAGCACAAGAUGCAGGAGUCGGCCGAGGACAAGGCGUCGAGGGUCGAGCGCGACUUUGAGCGUCUACUCAAUAUGAUGCAGCUCCCCGACCUCACCGUCCGCACGCGCAUGCUCGGGCUCGCCCGCCCCCUCAAGGAGGAGAUGCUCCGCGCCGCCGCCUCGAACCCUUCCCCCUCGACCUCGACCUCGUCCACCCUCGGCCCGCCCGGCCGCCCGACCCACACCCGCGGUCGCUCGCUCAACCUGUCGGCCUCGCAGUCGUCGAGUGAGAGCGGCGACGCGUCGGGCCGCAAGGCCAAGAAGGACGGCGGCGGCGCCUUCCGGUCGUUCCUCCGCAAGGCCAAGUCGGGCGGCUCCCUGCGCGCUCAAGCCGCCGCUCAGCAAAAGAGCCAGGACAAGGACGCCGCCCUUACCAUGGCGCGCCCCUCGUCCCGUACCCGAUCGCGCUCGCACUCGCGUUCGGCGAGCGGGGCGAGCAUCGGCGGCGGCGGCGGGCUCUUCCGCAGCCUCGGUCGGUCAGGCGGCGCCGUCGCAGCUGGGCAGCAUGUCGGCGGUGGCGCGCAGGAGGGCGAGGACGCGCCGUACUGGGCGGCGAGGUUGCGGAGCGCGACGUGUGCAGCGCUCGAGGCCAAGGAGCUGGGGCGGCUGAGGGCGAGGCUGCGGAACGAGGCGCCAACCUGGGUCGACGAGUUCAUCAAGAGCGGCGGCUACAUCGGCCUUCUCGAGCGGCUCAAGGAGUUGCUCGACAUGGAGUGGCGCGAGGAGCAACACGACGACCAGGUCCUGCACGAGCUCCUGCGCUCCUUCAAGGCGCUCACGAUGACGGCGUGCGGCAAGCGUGCCCUCGCCUCUCACUCGCCAACGCCGUUCCUGCCGAUGGCCGCCCUCCUCUUCUCCGAGAAGCGCCCGGGCGACCUCCCCUCGCGCCAGAUCCUCGUCGAGCUCCUCCUCGCCCUGUACGACAUCUGCCCGCCCAACGCCGACUCGGUGCUCAAGUCGGCGUGGGCCAACUCGUCCGUCUCGCUCGAGCCGGCCGCGCUCUCGCCGGUCGCGCCCUCGUCGUCGACCCUCGACUCGAGCGUCGGCAGCGGCGGCGUGCGACGCUACACGCGCAAAGCCAAGUCGGGCGACGACCAGUCGAACGGCGUCGUCGAGCGCGACGAGGUGCUCACGGCCGAGCGGGUCCAGCAGGCGCACCGUCUCGUGCUUAGCCUGCUCGAGGGCCCGCCGAGCGAGGACGAGGAGCGCAAGGUCGACUUUAUCCUCGCGGCGCGCAAGCCGAGGCUGUACAAGACGUGGGUCAAGGAGAUGAGCGACACGGUCCGCGACUAUUUCUGGAUCUUCUGCCACUCGGACAACCUGUACUGGACGCUCGAGCAGAUCAACGCCGACGAGAUCGAGGCGCCCAAGGUGCCGAGCGGCAUGACGGGCGGUGUCGAGCACGAGGCCAUGACCUACUGCGCUACGCACUUCCGCCUCAUCAACGCUAUCGCGCGAGCGUGCCCGACGCAGCAAGCCGCGUUCGACUUUCACGACCAACUCUUCCUCAGCGGCUUCGAGCGCGUCCUCUUUACGCUGCGCCGCGCGAGCCUCGUCUACUACCAGACGCUCCAUCUCGAGAUGAGCCGGUACAUCGCGCUCGCGCGCUCGGCCCAUUUCAACCUCGGCCCGCGCAUCCUCGCGUGCGUCGACCGCCGGUUCCUGAGCGCCGAGGAGCGUCUCGUCUUGCGCCAGGCCGCCGAGCGGCGUGCGGGGGCGUCUCGGUCGGGCGACAAGGCGUUCACGUCGAGUCACGGCGCGCCGCAGAUCGGCAACAUCUUCUAG